AUGUCGAACACAACCUCACCUUCAGAGACGUGGUCGCUGAAGGGCAAAACAGCAAUCAUCACCGGUGGAUCGCGCGGAAUUGGCAGUGGAAUCGCGAUCCAUUUUGCGCGCAAGGGUUUGAGCAAUCUUGCCAUCACAUACGUUGCCAACAAGGCCGCAGCAGACAAUACGGUGGAACAAUGCCGUGACUUAGGAGUCAAAAACGUCAUCGCCAUCCAGGCAGAUGUGACGGAUCCCACGAUUGGGCCAAAGAUCAUCAAAGAUGCCCUUGACGGCCUCAACGUAACCACGAUCGAUAUACUCGUCAACAAUGCUUUACUCGCAGACAUCAGCAGAGCCUCAGAUGUCACGACACUUCAAGCCGAGGGUUUCAGCGAGAUGAUGAUUGCGAACGUUUAUUCUCCCGUCAGCCUUACGGUUGCUUUCAUGGAGCAUGCACCCAAGUACGGAGGACGUGUCAUCAACAUCUCUAGUAUCGCCAGCAAGAUAGGCAAUACCAAUGAGCUGAUGACUUACGGCGCCUCAAAAGCCGCACUCGACAGCUUCACAAGGUCUUUUGCGGACAAAUUUGCUUCUACCACGGGAAUCACUUUCAACACUGUGGCUGUUGGGCCUACGCAGACGGAUUCUUUGGCUACGGCAAUGAAACACUACCCAAACUUCAUUGAGGAGCAAGUUAAGAGAAUUUCCGCGGCUCCCCGCAUUGGAAACACAGAUGACAUUGCGUACAUUGUCGGGUUCCUGGCGAGCGAGGAGGGAAGAUGGGUGAAUGGCGCCGCGGUCAGCGCCAACGGAGGACACAGAGAGACACUUGCGGUAUUCGGUUAG